CCGCACGGCCAGCAAACACGUUGUGGGGGUUUGAAGUUGCAAGUUUGAAUCGUAACCUCAUCCGACGUGGACGCGACGUCCCAGCGCGCUGCUCGGUGUACGCGAACGAAACUGCAAGAACAGGCCAGCGCACCGCACAACUACAUCGCUGAACAUUUUGAGCUGCACACACUGUUUCAGCCGACGAUCGAAAGUGUGUCAGUGAGUGUAUGUUUGCGUGUUUGUGUGCGCGUGUGUGUGUGUGUGUUGCUAGCCACAACGAUCCCGUAGCGAUCUUGUUUGGUUGUCAUGUUUUGGUGUUACUGGCUGGAAGUUGGUGAAUCUUCGUGAGCCAUUUCCCGGUCUCGGCUCAUACAGCGAAAAGUGCAUACCUGAGGCAGCUAUCGAUUGUGGAAGUUUCAUAGAAGCUGCUGUGUUCGAGCCACCGUUGCAGUGAACAACAGACACCACACCAACCACCAAAACAAAACGCGCUGCAGAGCAGUUGCAGAGCAGCAGCAGCAACAGCCCACAACACUCGCCGUUGAACGGAGUUAGAAAGGACAGCAGCACCAUAGGACAUUGAAGAAUCUACACUCAGACGAUCCUCACAUCAGCCAACUGCGUGUGACGUGCAUUUGAACGCACUCACGAUCACAUACCACCGUAACCACGCGUGAUAGACGACGCACACGGUCUCCGGAGUGCAGUGCGCGUGUAAUUAACGCCAUUCAGUGCGCCCUUUCCGUCCUACCAGCCCUUCCCGGUCGUCCUCGAAAUAGCGGCUCGUGAUCGUAACGAAGCACGGUAACACCGGACAGCUGAACGAAGCAAACGGCAGAGGGCGAAGUAAAACCGACGCCGCCACCGAUUAGCUAACACACCAGAACGCAAGGAUCGCAAAAAAGGAAAACUCCGCUCGGCAACCGACUUGCGCUGUGCGUUUCUGCUGUGUGCGUGUGCAUCACCGUUCCACCACCCACUAGACCCACUAAGACUGCACAGUUGCAUCACAUCGAACGUGAGCCAGCCUACUACCACUAGCAGUAGGCAGAAACCUACCGAACACGACCAGCACAGUAGUAGCCGAGUGCCAACGCACCGAUCCGUACGAGCGCGCACCGCAUUCGGAGGGAAAUCUGAGCGAUCAUUCCGCGAGAACUUGACGCAAUCGAGUUCAAGGCACCUGUACCACAGGGCGCCACACUGCUACGCCGCGCUUAGAGUCAACGAACGCCCGCGGGCCGAACAGCGGGUCGAGAAUCGGCGGACCAUCAGCGGCGGACCUCUGUUGAGCUUCUAGUUUCUAACAACAGACAAACCCGAACGUUGCUCGCGAUUUCUCCAGUGUUGGAUCGAUCGUGGAUCAAUCGAGACCGAGAUAUCGGCGCAGUGUUUGGAGCCUAACUCCUGUUGUGGUCGUUGCAAUCGUAUCUUCAGGUUGUUUGGAAGGCUUUUGACCUCUGCUGGGUGUCACCGUCAGUGUUACGAAACCGAAGAAAUAAUAGUAUCCAGGUGUGAAAGGUGUUUCUGUGCCGUUGGAAACGGCGGGCAAAGUGACAACAAGUGCGCCAUUCUGUAGUGUUUCUCUCGCGCAAGUAUCUCGCAAAAGACGAGUGCCUAGAUACUCGCAGCACAGGUAGUGUUGUGCGCUAGUGCUUUCUUUGUUUCUGUUUCAAUGUUUACACUCUCGUAGCUUGAAAGGCUCUCCGCGGUAGCUUACCAAUUUCCAAAGUGGUUCCGACACAGUGCUGAACAUGUAGCUAGAAGAGCCCCUGCCUGUACCCCUAAGUGCAACCAAAAAAAAAAAGGGCAUCAACAUACUUGUUGCUUAAAGUUGUUUAGAAAUAUCCCGCUUGCUACUGUGCAACAGCACACAACAAGUACGGCCCUGGGCUGACGUUUACAGUGCGUGUUUUGGUUGUUCGAGUGGCUGAUUUGAAGGUAGAAUAAACAUGGCGGCGAAUCGUAAACACUACUCCUCCAAAGAGGAUAUCCCCAAAGAAGGCGACGAGGGCGGUGGUAAUGAUGACAGCGGUGGUGGUGGUGGUGGUGGUAGUGCCAACAGUGGUCAUCCGAUCGAACCGAUCAAGCGCGGCAAAGAUGAGGUGGACUUUGUGUUGACCGCAUCGAAAGCGAACGGCACCGCUAUGUCCGCGGGAAAGAAAGGGCAGGAGGACACCGGCACCAAGGCUGGCACCGGUGUGACGCUGGACAAGUUCAACAUAUUUCACCUACGCCGUCGACCAAAAAGUGACCCCGGCACUGGACCGAUCGCGAAGCAUGCCGCGGCCCAACAGAUGGGCCCGGCCGCGAACGGGGGAGCCGCUGCGUCCGGUGCGGACGAAACGCUCAAGAAGAAAAAGUCACGCUUCGUCAAGAGUGCGUCGAUCGCGCGCAUCUUCGGCAACACCUACAAUACCAAAAAGUAUGACGAUAGCAGCGCCCUGCUGAAGUUGCAGCAGUUCAAGCGUAGCUUCCUGAACAGUGAAAAGUUCCACAAGAAGGACAGCGGGGCCGGUGCGGCCGAGGAAGCGGACGACGGGGAGCUGCAGAUCGGGGACGCGUGCUACGUGAACGACAGCGAGAGCAGCGCAAAGGCGAUCAAGUCGAUUACGCGCGGGCUCGGCAGGCUGCUGCGGCGCAACUGUCACAGCAUCGACAUCAGCCGGCCGGAUCCGGAGUACAAGGUGUCUUACCUCGGCAACGUUCUUACCGGAUGGGCUAAAGGUGAUGGAUGUGUGGAGAAACCGCUCGCCACACUGUGGCGUAACUACACGCAGAACAGCAAACCGGACGUGAUGAUGAAGCUGUGCCUGUGCCCGUCCGGGCUGAAGGCGACCACCCGGCAGCACGGUCUGACCGAGUACUGGUCGCACCGGAUCACCUACUGCAGCUCGCCAAAGAACUAUCCGCGCGUGUUCUGCUGGAUCUACCGGCACGAGGGCCGCAAGCUGAAGCACGAGUUCCGCUGCCACGCGGUCAUCUGUUCCAAAGAAUCCGUUGCGCUGGAGAUUAGCACCAUCCUGAAGGAAAACCUAGCCAAAGCCCUGCGAGAGUUUAAGCGCGACAAGCUGAACCGGCAGAACGCGCGCCUCAGCCUAGCGAACAGCGUGUACGACAAUCCGAGCAUGCCGCGCCGGAAGAUCAUGCUGAGCGUCGGCGCGAACAACUACCGGCCACCGCUCGAGCGCUCCAAGUCCGCCCCGAAGCUGAUGGCCAUCGAGGAGAUGAUCGGCGAGGAGGACGAGGAGGAGGAGGGAGAGGACGACGGGGCCCGCGCCCUGAAGGUGGGAUCGUCCACGGCGGCUGGCAGCACGGCGCUGGAAGCCUGCUGCCGGGAGGAUGCCCUGUUCCCCUCGACCACGCUCGGCCGGCGGCGCUGCCGGCGGGGCCACUCGAUCAGACGGUCCCGGUUGCGGAACUCGUUCAAGACGCCCAAGGACGUGGAGGCGCGGGCACCGCGCAAGAACGAAAACAUCGUGCACAUCAGCCCGAUGAACAAGUCGGUCGACUCCAUCCUGGACACCAUUAGCCAGGAGGAGGGUGAAGAAGAGGAGCAGGAGGAGGAGGAGCGAACGAACGAUGGCGAGACGGCACCGGAGACGGGUGGCUCGCAGCCGCCGGAACCGGCGGCCAAGCUGGGCAAAGCGUCCAAGCUGUCGCACCACUCCGACUCGUCCGAGGAUGACUUCGAAGCGUUCAUGGCGCACUACAACUACAACUCGAGCGAACCGCUCUCGACGGAACUGAUCUCGUACUUCGACAUGAAGCUUAACCCCACCGCCGUGUGCAGCAUGCACGAUCUGAGCCAGCACCAUCACGGCAGCCUGCCGGUAACGCUCGAGGACACCCAGCGGCUAGCGCUCAGCCUGGACGAUCUGGACCACUACUCGCUGCCGGCCGGGGUUGGCGAGGCGGACGACGCUGCGCUGGCCGGGCUGCGCACCCGCGAGCUGAAGGACCGCGAGGACGAGCUGGACCGGGACGAGGUGUUCUUCAACCAGGACGAGGUGCUGGAGAUGCUGCGCACGGCGGCAGAGUCGGCCGCGUCCGCUUCCACCGCCCAGCGCCGGCUAUCCGACGACCGGCUGCUGCGCCAUUCCGGCUGCCUGCACGGGGAGGACGAUACGGCCCCCCCGUCGCUGCUGUGCGUGACGAGCAAGCUGCAGGCGGCCAACGGUGGGGCGGCGCACCAUCCCGACAGUGACGAGGGUUCCAUAUCGAGCGGGUGCGAAACGUCCAGCACGGUCACGACCAACACGGACGACUCCGGUGCAAGCGGCAAUGGGGGACGAACCGGUGCCGUGGCUGCCGCUGUCCUCGGCAAACCCGGCUCGGUGCUGGAGCGCGUGCGCAGCUUUGAGCAGCUCGCCGAAAACCAGGUAAUUCACGUGCCGCUCGGCGAACGCACCGGCCAUCAAGGGCAGCCGGACACGGGCAGCUGUGCGGGCUCGCCGGAACUGAUCUUCAAGCGCAGCAUCACCUUCCCCGCGCCCGGCGUCAAGUCGAGCUUUCUGAUGCCAAUGACGACCGGUGGCAUUGCCGCGCAGCCGGCCGGACCGAGGACCGAACCCAUCGAUUCGCCGCUCGACUCGUUGAACGGGUCGCUCGUUGAGGCACCGGCACGAAGGGAGGAGGUGGUGGAGGAGAAAGCACACCACCACCCUCACCACCACCACCAACAACAAUCGACCAAACCGAAGGUGCGUCAGAUGCGCCUCAAGUCGACGGUGGCCGCCGUCAACACCGAGCUGAUCAAUCAUCUGCAGGCGAUCGAUUCGGACUCCGAGUUUAGCGACGAGUCCGGGUACGUCGAGUUUCAGGACAAUCAGCCGUCGAUCAAAUCGGUGACGGCUUGAUGCCACGUGCCCCAACCGGACGAUGUUUGCUAGUGCUGUGCGAGGCGGAGUAGGACAGUAGAGUUUACAGCUUUUUUUUUCUAAGGUUUACUGCAGCGGCAAUCACUGUGAACUUUGUGUGUAGAACUUGACUUUGUUAGAUUUGCAACCCCUCGUGAGGAGGAGCAGGAGGAGGAGGAGGAGUAGUAUUUUUACAACCCAAUACCUUCUUAGCUAGACAUAGGUGGCUACCGUUAAUGUUACUCCUACACUAAUGUAAUGCACUGAAGCAGCUGUACGAUCCUCGCGCUUGAGGUCAACCAGAAAGCGUCCGUCGCUAAUUAGUACAUUGCAGUGAAAGGUUGAGUGGUUAGUUAGUUUCUUUCUUUCCUCGUUUUGUUAAGCCUUAAACUUUGCUACAUUGUUGUGCAGUGUGACGAAGAAGCAGAGCUGUGUCCGAUUGAGGACAUGAUAGGUGGGAGUGCAAAUGUGCAAACGGGGAGAGGGUGUAGUACACUCCCCGCAGCUCAUUUGCUUGCUGCUUUGUUGUUAAACAUUUAGCUUUACACACAAGGGUUAGCCGAUUAGCUUAGCCGUUAGUGCAGUUGCGAGUUGCGAACGUAACCGCGCCUGAGCGAUUUGGUUUCCCAGGUUUCCAAAUCGCCCGGUCAAAAGAACGGGACGAUUCAAUCAGAUACCAAAUAACUUAUUUUAUAAUCAACAAUAACACAUAGCAAACAUCUACAGAGAGCACAGGAUUACGCUUAGUCCUUAUGUGCGCAAAAAUGCAACUCCAGGCUGACAAUGCGGGUAGGUUUUCGUGCACUAAUCGAAUGCAGAGAAGCAUCCAAUGCCUAAAUGAUGAUAUUAUCGAUAAUCGCACGCAUCCCCAAUUUAUAAACGAGACCUGCGACGUUGCUAAGAACAGCAUGGUGAUCAACUCCUCCGAACAUGAAUCUAAUCACUUCCCCCACCAGUUGAGGAUUGUUGGGCCCAUGUGCCGCCACGCGCUAGAAAAAUCUAGUGUCUAGACAGCAUCCACUGCUACGCACCAUUGGUAGUAACCGCCCAGGUGGUGGUAGGUGGUGGUUACUACCACGGCACGGCUCUGAACAUAAUCUAAAACAGCGCAUAAUGGGGAACACUUGGGAACACUUACAACAGAUAGUUAACCGCGGGAGCAAAGAUAAGUAGCAGUAGUAGUGAUAGCAGUAGCAGAGUAGUGAUAGUAAUAUUGUACUAAAAAUAGACAUCUACAUGUGAGGACGUCGAUGUGACACGUGAUGGACAUUGUACAGGGUGAGCUUGUGCACACCGGGUGCUGCUAAAUAGAAGCUGGAAAACCAAGACAUUAGACUAUAUACAAUUAAGCCAGUGGAAUUGUUGUUUAUCUUUCUCUCGCCUCCUCUCUGCUCCACUGCACGCUACGGGAGGGGAGGGGGUGUAAUCAUGGUUAAGGACCAGGGGCAGGGAAAUAGUAUAUUUAUUGAUAACCCGUCACGUUCGGAAAUGUUAUUCUUCCUUCGGAUUUGUCACAAGUUUCUAUGAAAAAUAAAACUUUCAACUAAA